UUUCUCAUUUGUUUAAUGCAGGGAGAUGUAGGGCAAUUCAAAAGGAAAGAUUCAAGGAACUUUUCUAAAGGCAAGAAGCGAAACCCUGGCCUUAAAAUUCCAAAAGAAGCAUUUGAACAACCUCAGACCAGUUCCACGCCACCUCGAGAUUUAGACUCCAAGGCAUGCAUAUCUAUUGGAAAUCAGAAUUUCGAGGUGAAAGCGGAUGACCUGGAGCCCAUAGUGGAGCUGGGACGGGGGGCGUACGGCGUGGUGGAGAAGAUGCGGCACGUGCCCAGUGGGCAGAUCAUGGCGGUGAAGCGGAUCCGGGCCACAGUAAAUAGCCAGGAGCAGAAAAGGCUACUGAUGGAUCUGGAUAUUUCCAUGAGGACAGUGGACUGUCCUUUCACGGUCACCUUUUAUGGCGCACUCUUCCGGGAGGGUGAUGUUUGGAUCUGCAUGGAGCUCAUGGAUACAUCGCUAGAUAAAUUCUACAAGCAAGUGAUUGAUAAAGGCCAAACGAUUCCAGAGGACAUCUUAGGGAAAAUAGCAGUUUCUAUUGUAAAAGCAUUAGAACAUUUACACAGUAAGCUCUCUGUCAUCCAUCGAGACGUCAAGCCCUCCAACGUGCUGAUCAAUACCCUGGGCCAAGUGAAGAUGUGUGAUUUUGGAAUCAGUGGCUACCUUGUAGACUCAGUUGCUAAAACUAUUGAUGCAGGGUGCAAGCCAUACAUGGCUCCUGAAAGAAUAAACCCAGAGCUCAACCAGAAGGGAUACAGCGUGAAGUCGGACAUCUGGAGUCUGGGCAUCACAAUGAUUGAGUUGGCCAUCCUCCGGUUCCCCUAUGAUUCAUGGGGAACUCCUUUCCAGCAGCUCAAACAGGUGGUAGAGGAGCCGUCGCCACAGCUCCCAGCAGACAAGUUCUCCGAAGAGUUUGUGGACUUUACCUCACAGUGCUUGAAGAAGAAUUCCAAAGAACGGCCAACAUAUCCAGAGCUUAUGCAACAUCCAUUUUUCACCCUACAUGAAUCCAAAGCAACAGAUGUGGCAUCUUUUGUAAAACUGAUUAUUGGAGACUAAAAGCAAUGGACUCAAUCAGUGGACCCUCCUGUGGAUUGGUUCCUGGAAGGUCAAGGGGUGAAGUGAUCCACAGGGAAAAUACUACCGAUUCUAACCUGGAAACACUGCUUUUGGAACAUCAAGGCUACUCUUGGCAGUACAGAGGCAGAAGAUUUUGAUGAAACAAGGAAGAAGAGGACACACUCUGUUUCUUUCCCCACCUCAAGUUCACAAAUAUGGAGAGAGGAUUGCUCCCCCAGUGCUCCCAUUCUUCCCCUAUUAGAUUUUGAAGUGCGAUUAUAUUUUUCUCUGUUAGCAUUUUCUCUUUGGUCUUGACCUCUAGCUCACAGCAGUUGCCCAAAGAGGCUAUGGCAUUUCCAUGAACGUCUUCGUAUUCAGUUGCAAGAGAUACCUGUUUGAUUCAACAUCCGUUUCGUUUCAUCUGCUCUGAAGCUACCUCUGUUCUCAUCUUUUUCCAGCCAGAAAAGGGGUGUUAUCUUAAUGGUCAUGACGAUUCAUUUUCCGACCCAUCUUCCUACAUCUGCAAGUUUCCCUCCAAGUCAGAAAAGAAAAAAAUCACAACUGUAUUUUUUGCUUUAUUUAUCUAUCUUAUGAAAAAAGAAAGUAGUAGAAACAAAUCUGAGGUCAUUCCAUUACAGCUUUGUGAAAUAUGUAAAGCAAAACAUCUUUCUGGUCUGGGUCAGAUUACUCUUAACUGUUAUUCAGUGUGGUUUCUACUUGGAAAUAUUCUUAACCAAGUGUGUUUCUCAUGUGUGCACAUCUCCAUUCGGUAAGCCCAAGGCCUGAGCUUCCAGAAUAAUUGUAGUGGGGUAGAGACGUUAGUCAGUGGUUCUCAACCCUGGGGAGCAUUGGAAUAGCUGGGAGCUUGGAACACCAUCAGUAUCAGGGUUCCCGAGAUUUGGAUUCCAUUGGGCCCUGGGUGGGGCCUGGGAGUUGGUAUUUUUUAUAAGCCACUCAUGUGAUUCCGAAGUGCACCAGGGUUGAGAACACUGGUGUAGUACUUUGUAAAAGGAGAGUUGACUUAAAAUUUGUCUUGAACAUUUGCAGAGAGUAAUGAGUGGCUACAGAGAGGAACAGGAGCCCCCACUUCUUCCCCUGUCCUCACCAGUGGGGACAUCUUUGCCAGUGUUAGCAAAGGCGUGCUCCUGCAAUACUGAUGUGGACUUUGGGAUGCCUUUUCCCCAGGGGCAUGAUGUACUGCAUGAUGAUUAAGUAUCUUAUGUACCAGAGUAGAAUGACUUGAUAGCCUUACAGGUCUAAAGUUUAGAACGUGCUUUUUGAGAACUGUGUUAUAAGUUAUAAACAACUAAUAUUAAAAUAAAUAUAGAGAUGCAUAAACUAUAUCUAAGUUGAUGUAAGUUGGGAGU